CUCAACCACAUAAUCAAACCCAACCCUCCACUCUAAAUCAACCAAUAUGACAUCCAACGGCCCAAGCAAGACCUCUGGUCAAUACCACUCCACCAAGGGCAGUGCUAAGGAGACGCUCGGAAACGUCUUUGGCUCUACCAACAUGCAGCAGAAGGGCAAGAGCGAGCACGCUGCUGGUGAAGCCGAGUACAACGCUGCUCGUGCCCAUGGGUACGCUGAGGGAACGCAAGACCGUGUCCUCGGAAAGAAGGACCAGGUCGUCGGUUCUGCUACCGGUGACAGGAGCCAGCAGGCCCAUGGUGAUAUCCGUCACGGCAAGGGCGAAACUCAGCAAGAUAUCAACAGGAAGCUGUAAUUGAACCCAAUCCUUUCGGUUCCGUUGUAGCAUAACCUUCAAUAGGCCCUGUAUUACUACUUGUAUCACUAUAAUCAUGACAACCUUCGUCAUUCA